AUGACAUUAUCUUCGAAUUGGAAAAUAUUACAGAAAGAGAAGAAAGUUAAAGUUUCUAAAAAAUCUAAAAAGGUGAAAACUGCAAAUUAUACAGAUAAGAGAACUUCUAACGGACCUCAGCCUACAAAAAUUAUGAGUAUAAUAUAUACCAUGAAUAAGGCUAUAGAACAACAUGAAAAGGAUAAAAAGGAAGGUAAAAGUUUCCAGUUCAAUUCAACAAAGGACGAUAAUAAAGACAACCAACUGGAAAAUGUUGUUGAAAAAAAUGCAUCUUCCGUUAAUAAUAAGAAAGCAACAGAUAUUGGUAAAUAUGUUGCAAUGGAUUGUGAAUUUGUUGGUGUUGGACCUGAAGGGAAAGAGCAUGCCUUAGCCAGAAUCUCUAUUACAAAUUACUAUGGUCAUAUUAUUUUAGAUGAAUUUGUUAGGCCCAAAGAAAAAGUUGUUGAUUGGAGAACUCAUAUAAGUGGUAUUAAACCUGAACAUAUGAAACAAGCUAUUUCUUUUAAAGAUGCCCAAAAAAAAUGCGCAGAAAUCAUAAAGGGAAGAAUCCUUAUUGGUCAUGCUUUAAAGCAUGACCUGGAUGCACUUUUAUUAUCGCAUCCCAAGUCAAUGAUUCGAGACACUGCAAGGCAUUUACCAUUUAGAAAGAAGUAUGCAAAAGGCAAAUCUCCAAGUUUAAAGAAAUUAACCAAAGAAGUUUUAAAGGUUCAAAUUCAAAGUGGUGAACAUUCUUCAGUAGAAGAUGCAAGAGCAACUAUGCUUCUGUAUAAAUCUGAUAAAUCUGAAUUUGAAAAAUUACAUAGAACAGCUUUUGGAUCAGGAAAAAUGUAG